GACAGUGAAGAGGCUGGAGCUCAUCCCAGAGUGAUCUAAGGGAGGGAAGUGGGGACCCCUGCAGCCGAGGGGUUGGACUGUGAGAGGCCGAGAGCCGCCGGUACCAUCCCCGUCACCCGGGGCCAUUGGCAGUUCCGCGCUGGGUGCUGCCGAGCGCUGAGGGAUUCGGCACCUGCCGCGGCGGCUCCCCGGAGAGUGCCCCCCCCCCGCACCUGCGCCUGGUCCAAGUGAGAGCGAGGAGGAAACGUUGCCGUGCUCGGGGGCUGUGCGGAGCAGCGGCCCCCCCUGUCAGCUGGGGAAACCGCCUCCGCUCCAUGAGCAGGGCUCGGCUGCUGCGCUCCGUGAGGGGGGAACCGCGGCCGCCGCCGGCACCAGCAUGUGGACCCCGACCGAGGAGGAGAAAUACGGCGUAGUGAUAUGCAGCUUCCGAGGAUCUAUACCACAAGGCUUAGUUUUGGAACUAGGAGAAACUGUCCAGAUCUUGGAAAAAUGUGAAGGCUGGUACAGAGGAGUUUCCAUUAAGAAGCCCAAUGUAAAGGGGAUCUUUCCAGCUAACUAUAUUCACUUGAAAAAGGCAAUCGUCAGUAACAGAGGGCAGUAUGAAACAGUAGUUCCACUUGAAGAUUCUGUUGUGACUGAAGUCACAGCAACGCUCCAGGAAUGGGCUAUCCUCUGGAAACAGUUGUAUGUGAAGCAUAAGAUAGAUCUUUUCUACAAACUGCGCCAUGUGAUGAAUGAACUCAUUGACCUGCGUAGACAGCUACUGUCAGGUCACUUGACACAGGAUCAGGUACGAGAAGUCAAGAGACACCUUACAGUGCGACUGGACUGGGGUAAUGAACAUUUGGGCCUGGAUCUAGUUCCUCGGAAGGACUUUGAGGUGGUGGAUUCAGAUCAGAUCAGCAUCUCAGAUCUUUAUAAAAUGCAUUUAUCAAGUAGGCACAGUGUCCAGCAAAGCACAACACAGGUGGAUACAAUUCGUCAGCGUCAUGGGGAAGCUUGCCGUAUGCCAGUGCCCCACCACUUCUUCAUCAGUCUAAAGAGCUUCACCUAUAAUACUAUUGGGGAGGACACAGAUGUCUUCUUUUCUUUGUAUGAUGUUCGAGAGAGCAAGCAGAUCAGUGAGCGGUUUCUGGUGAGGUUAAACAAGAACGGAGGCCCGAGGAAUCCAGAAAAGAUAGAACGGAUGUGUGGCCUUUUCACAGAUCUCAGCAGCAAGGAUAUGAAGAGAGACUUGUACAUAGUUGCACAUGUAAUUCGAAUAGGUCGCAUGCUGCUAAAUGAUUCCAAAAAGGGCCCCUCCCAUCUACAUUAUCGUCGCCCCUAUGGCUGUGCAGUAUUGAGCAUCAUGGAUGUACUUCAAUCAAUCUCUGAACUAAAGGAAGAAAAAGAUUUUGUUCUCAAAGUUUACACGUGCAACAAUGAAAAUGAAUGGUAUCAGAUCCAUGAAAACAUUAUCCGCAAGUCCAGUACCAAGUACACAGCACCCAGCUCAAACUAUGGACUUAUAAUUUCUCUACAGCUUCUUCGUGGGGACAUGGAGCAGAUUCGAAGGGAGAACCCCAUGAUCUUUAACAGGGGGAUGUCUGUUACCAGAAAACUCGGUUUCCCCGAUGUCAUAAUGCCAGGUGAUAUACGUAAUGACUUGUACCUGACACUAGAGAAGGGGGAUUUUGAGAGAGGUGGGAAGAGUGUUCAGAAGAACAUCGAAGUGACCAUGUAUGUUCUUUAUGCAGAUGGAGAGAUCCUGAAGGACUGUAUCAGUUUAGGCUCAGGAGAGCCAAACAGAAGUGCAUACCACUCUUUUGUCCUCUACCACAGUAACAGCCCUCGUUGGGGGGAAAUUAUCAAGCUACCCAUCCCCAUUGACAGGUUCCGUGGGUCUCACCUUCGCUUUGAGUUCAGGCAUUGCUCCACUAAAGACAAAGGAGAAAAAAAGCUUUUUGGCUUUGCAUUCACUCCUCUGAUGAGGGAUGAUGGCACCACCCUAUCGGAUGAUAUCCAUGAGCUUUAUGUUUAUAAGUGUGAUGAGAACAGCACAUUUAAUAAUCAUGCUCUGUACCUGGGGCUGCCCUGCUGCAAAGAGGACUACAACGGCUGCCCUAACAUCCCUUCUAGCCUCAUUUUCCAGCGUAGUACCAAAGAGACCUUCUCGAUCUCCACCCAGCUCUCCUCCACCAAACUCACCCAGAACGUGGACUUGCUUGCCCUCUUAAAAUGGAAGGCUUACCCAGACCGUGUAAUGGAUAUCCUAGGAAGACUGAGGCAUGUCAAUGGCGAGGAAAUUGUUAAGUUCCUGCAAGAUAUUCUAGACACGUUGUUUGUGAUUUUGGAUGACAAUACAGAAAAGUAUGGCCUGUUGGUCUUCCAGUCACUGGUGUUCAUCAUAAAUCUGCUACGUGACAGCAAAUAUUUCCAUUUCCGACCUGUUAUGGACAUGUACAUUCAGAAACACUUUGCAGGAGCACUGGCUUACAAAGAACUGAUCCGAUGUUUGAAGUGGUACAUGGACCGAUCAGCUGAGCUUGUACGACAAGAUCAUAUCCAGGAAGCAAUGAGGGCCUUGGAAUAUCUUUUCAAGUUCAUUGUCCAAUCUCGGAUCCUUUACUCGAGAGCUACUUGUGGAAUGGAGGAGGAACAAUUUCGUUCCAGUAUCCAAGAGCUUUUCCAGUCCAUCAGAUUCGUGCUCAGCUUGGACAGCAGGAGCUCAGAGACUCUCAUCUUCACACAGGCUGCUUUAUUGAAUUCCUUCCCUGCAAUCUUUGAUGAGCUAUUGCAGAUGUUCACCGUGCAGGAAGUAGCAGAGUUUGUGAGAGGAACUCUAGGAAGCAUGCCUAGUACAGUGCAUAUCGGACAGUCGAUGGAUGUAGUUAAGCUGCAAUCUAUAGCACGCACUGUGGACAGCCGCCUUUUUUCUUUCUCGGAAUCCCGGCGAAUCUUGCUCCCUGUGGUUCUUCAUCACAUUCACCUUCAUCUGAGACAGCAGAAGGAGUUACUCAUCUGCUCUGGGAUCCUCAGUAGUAUCUUCUCCAUUAUCAAGGCCAGCUCCUUGGAGGCAGAUGUAGUGGAGGAGGUUGAGAUGAUGGUGGAGAGCCUCCUGGAUGUACUUUUACAAACUCUGCUUACUAUCAUGAGUAAAUCGCAGUCUCAGGAGGCGGGAGAGUAUGUGUCCUGUCUCUUGUCUCUGCUUCGUCAGAUGUCAGACACUCAUUUUCAACAUUUACUGGACAACUUCCAGAGCAAGGAUGAGCUAAAGGAGUUCCUGCUGAAGAUUUUCUGUGUGUUUCGAAACCUGAUGAAGAUGAGUGUCUUUCCUCGGGACUGGAUGGUGAUGAGGUUGCUCACCAGCAAUAUCAUAGUUACAACAGUCCAGUACCUGUCCUCUGCCCUGCACAAGAACUUCACAGAAACAGACUUUGAUUUUAAGGUGUGGAACUCCUAUUUCAGCUUGGCAGUUCUGUUUAUAAACCAGCCAAGCCUGCAGCUAGAAACUGUCACUCCAGCUAAGAGAAAGAAGAUUCUGGACAAAUAUGGCGACAUGCGAGUGAUGAUGGCAUAUGAGUUGUUCAGCAUGUGGCAGAACCUGGGUGAACAUAAAAUUCACUUUAUCCCGGGAAUGAUUGGCCCCUUUCUUGGUGUCACACUGGUCCCACAGACAGAGGUCCGCAACAUCAUGAUCCCCAUCUUUCAUGACAUGAUGGACUGGGAGCAGAGGAAAAAUGGCAACUUCAAACAGGUGGAAGCUGAAUUGAUUGAUAAGCUGGACAGCUUGGUAUCAGAAGGAAAAGGAGAUGAGAACUACAGGGAGCUCUUCAGUCUACUCCUGCUGGAGAAGAUUGAACAAGAGACGUGGCGGGAGACUGGCGUCUCUUUUGUUACAUCAGUUACUCGCCUCAUGGAGCGUCUCCUUGACUACAGGGACUGCAUGAAAGGAGAUGAAACAGAAAACAAGAAGAUUGGCUGCACUGUUAACCUGAUGAACUUUUAUAAAUCUGAAAUUAACAAGGAAGAGAUGUAUAUCCGCUACAUCCACAAGCUGUGUGACAUGCACUUACAGGCUGAGAACUACACUGAGGCUGCAUUUACAUUGCUUCUGUACUGUGAGCUACUUCAGUGGGAGGACAGACCUCUGCGAGAGUUCUUGCACUACCCAUCACAGACAGAGUGGCAACGUAAGGAGGGGCUAUGCCGGAAGAUUAUCCACUACUUCAACAAAGGGAAGAGCUGGGAGUUUGGAAUCCCACUGUGCAGAGAGCUGGCCAUUCAGUAUGAAAGUCUGUAUGAUUAUCAAAGCCUCAGCUGGAUUCGGAAAAUGGAAGCUACCUAUUAUGAUAACAUCAUGGAACAGCAGCGCUUGGAACCUGAGUUCUUCAGAGUUGGUUUUUAUGGCCGGAAAUUCCCCUUCUUCCUUCGGAACAAGGAGUAUGUAUGUCGAGGCCAUGACUAUGAAAGGCUGGAGACCUUCCAACAAAGAAUGCUGAGUGAGUUCCCACAAGCCAUUGCAAUGCAGCACCCAAACCAUCCAGAUGACACCAUUUUGCAAUGUGAUGCUCAGUAUUUACAGAUAUAUGCAGUGACUCCCAUCCCAGACAAUAUUGAUGUGCUACAAAUGGAACGUGUGCCUGAUCGUAUAAAGAGCUUUUAUCGUGUCAACAACAUCAGGAAAUUCCGCUAUGAUAGGCCUUUCCACAAAGGUCCAAAGGACAAAGAGAAUGAAUUUAAGAGCUUGUGGAUUGAACGUACCACUCUGACACUGACGCACAGUUUACCUGGGAUCUCCCGGUGGUUUGAAGUGGAGAGAAGAGAGCUGGUCGAGGUGAGCCCCUUGGAAAAUGCCAUUCAAGUUGUUGAGAACAAAAACCAGGAGCUGAGGACAUUAAUAAGCCAGUAUCAGCACAAGCAAAUGCAUGGCAACAUUAACCUGCUCAGCAUGUGUCUGAAUGGAGUGAUUGAUGCAGCUGUGAAUGGUGGCAUAGCACGGUACCAGGAGGCCUUUUUUGAUAAAGAUUAUAUCACCAAGCACCCUGGAGAUGCAGAAAAAAUCACACAGCUCAAGGAGCUCAUGCAGGAACAGGUGCAUGUUCUUGGAGUGGGUCUGGCAGUACAUGAGAAAUUUGUACAUCCAGAGAUGCGUCCUCUACAUAAGAAACUGAUUGAUCAGUUCCAAAUGAUGCAAUCUAGUCUUUACCAUGAGUUGCCUGGUUUGGAUAAAUUGAGUCCAGCCUGUUCUGGUACCAGCACCCCACGCAGCAGUGUUCUUGUUUCACAUGGCCCGAUGAGUCCAGAGAGCAUCAAGCUGGUGCAUCGACACAGCCCAUUGAACUUGCUGGGUUCAGUCAGACACUCGUCAUCGUCUCUUUCCUCCCAUACUUCCAGUGAAACAGGAAACCUGGUUAUCCUAACAGACAGUUCUGUAGGGGAGACCGCUGAGGAUAUGUACCACAUGCAGCUUGUUUACCCUAACUCCAGGUACCAAGGCUCAGUCACCAACGUCUCUGUUUUAUCCUCGUCCCAGGCCAGUCCUUCCACUUCAAGCCUGAGCUCUACCCACUCUGCACCAUCCCAGAUGAUUAACUCUGCCCCUUCCAGUGCACGAGGCUCUCCCUCUCUACCAGAUAAGUACCGCCACACUCGGGAGCUGAUGAUGCUGCUGCCAACCCACCGGGACCGACCAAGCAGUGCCAUGUAUCCUGCAGCUAUCAUGGAAAAUGGACAGCCUCCAAAUUUUCAGCGCGCCUUGAUCCAGCAAGUGAUCGGACCAUGUAAACCUUGCAGUGAUCCCAAUCUAUCUGUUGCUGAGAAAGGUCACUACUCACUGCACUUUGAUGCCUUCCACCACCAGCUCAGUGAUGCUCCUCCAGCACUGCCUGCACGGACAUUGCGCAAGUCUCCUCUUCAUCCAAUUCCUGCAUCACCCACAAGUCCCCAGUCUGGCCUGGAUGGAAGUAACUCCACUCUGUCAGGCAGUGCCAGCAGUGGUGUGUCCUCCUUAAGUGAGAGUAACUUUGGACACUCAUCUGAGCCCCCUCCUCGCACAGACACCAUGGAUUCUGUCCCUAGCCAGGCCUGGAAUACUGAUGAAGACUUAGAGACACCCUACCUCCCUGUCAGGUACAGUCUCUCUGAACCUGAUGUUCUGGAGUCACUCAAAUCCCAGCCAUGUCGAAGCCACUCUGCUCCAUCUGGAGUCAUUCCUCAGGACACUAUGGACCCUCCAGCUCUCCCCCCAAAACCAUACCAUGCUCGGCUCCCAAACAUGGAGAAUGAAGAGGAAAUGAUGCUGAUGAUGGAAGAGGAAGACAAACAUCGGCCACUGCAUCGCAAAGUCUCCCAACCAGCUAGUGGUGGAAAGGAGGAGCAGGCCAGGGUAGCAUGGGAGCAUGGCAUCAGUGAGCAGUAAGCAGGACUACCUAGAAAGAAGCUUGUGUAGUAAUUCCAGGGCUGACCAGAAGAAAGACGUAAAAGUUCAGGACUCAGAGGAGAGAACAGUGAUCCAAUUCGUUACUUUCUACUGCCAUGAGUUAAUGUUCAGAGCCCAUACAAAGCUUGGGCUGGCAUGUGAGGUUGCUGCUUUCCUUUUUAUUGCAUUUUAUACUUUUUGGUUUUAUGUUAUUUUUAAUUAUUAUUUUUUGUGUGCAGUGGGUGCUUUAUUCCUUCUGCAGUUUAUCAGACCACACAAAGUGGCAUGUAAGCUGUUAGCCAUAGAGACUUGCAGAAACUAAAAAGAAUUGGAAUAUGGAAGGGGGGUGUGGCGAAUUGUUUUAAAAAGCUUUCCUCACAGUUUUGAGACGCACACAAGUAGAAGCAGUUGCACUAGGGACAUGUUUCUUUGAUGCAUAGAAGUGGAAGCUCAUUGCUGAAUUCAGGGAGUCCAUGAACUGUCAGGCUGGAAGGUGCAUUCUCUGCAGGCAAUGGAAACUAUGAAGAAACUGUCUCUUCCAGGUGUGUGAUCAUAAACAGCUUUAUAGUAGUCUCCUGCAUUGACUCAAUUGUGAUGAAAUGAUCUAACCAGUGCUGACAGGCUUCCAUAUUGAUUUUUGAGGUAUCAUUUCAAAUAAACUCUGCAUCCUUUGGUUUUUCAUGGAUAUGUACUUUGGUUUUUCAUGUUUUUGUUCCGUAAUUUCAUUUUUUUACUGGGUAAACCAGCCUGCUUUUCCAUUGGAGUCAUAGUCCAUAUCCACCUUUACUGCAGAGUAAGAGAGGGUUAUGUAGCCUUUAGGGCUGCAACCCAAUUCUGAGCCUUUUCCCAUGCCUAGCUCUGGGCAAGUGGUUGUAAUCAGCACUUUUAUUCCAGUCAAGGAACCAGUUGAGUGGCUCAUUCCACAACUGCUUGAUGACUCAGCAAGUAAGAAGAGAAGGCUUGAAUGCAUCAUAUCCAGUCCUUGCCUCAGGAUUGAAAGUCUGCACAAUCCACACCAACAUCCAUUAACUGUGUUUGUUACUGUAAUAUCUUAUGUGCCCUUCUGAUACAUUUCACUGCUGCUCAAUGCCUCCAUCUCCCCCGUCAGAUAGGAAACCCUAUGAGCUGCAAGAAAUGCCCAGUUUUUUAGUGUGCACUCCAGCUUCAGGGUUUUUAAAGAUGAACUGUCAGGGGAAAGGGGGGAGAUGUUUAUUCCCUUUUUUUGCUUCUUUAUGGUGUGUAAAGAAGGCUUGAAAAGUUUUUCUUGUUUUAUUAUAAGGGUUUUUUUCCUCUGUUUUUUACAUUGCACAAAUAUCCAGUCUCGACUUCCCUUUUUUGCUGGCAGACUCUGUGAAGAACUGUAGAAUUUAGUGCAAUUAUGAUAUGACACAAAGCAAGAGAUUGAGACCAGAGCAGUGGAGUGGGGAAGGGAAUUUUAGUCAGGCUGUUUUAAGUUCUAGGGUUUUUUGUUUUCUUUGUUUAACACCUGCUUAGUACCUGACAAACGGGAGAAAAACUUUGUUGGUGAAAGAUCCAAUAAAACUGCCAUUUUAUCUGAGGGCUGAGAAAUUUCCCAGUUCUCAAGUCUUUUGAGAAAUCUUCCAGCAAAAAUAAGGAAGAAAAUAUCCAUCUAUUCUGUUUCCUAUAUAUCAUAAACAUUAUAAAGAAGCAAAAAAGGAAACUUUUUUUUCCCUUUGCAAGUCACCUUUAGCACUACCGCUAUGCAAAGUGACUGGUCAAAUAACCAUUUCCAAAUUCUCCUGAAAAUGAUAAUCUGUAUCAAGUUUGGACUCAGGUGGCCAUUGUAUAGAGUGGGUGUUGAGAUUGUUCAUUAUUCUUUCUCAAACUCUAGCCCAUGCAAAAAAAAUAUUGUUCUGGUUUUGUUUCUUAACUGGCCUGCCUGACUAGAAAAAGAUCUGUCCCAUUUCCUUUACCUUUCCUAGAGCAGGACACCUGGAAUCAUUGUAUCCUUCACCAUUGAAACACAGGUGUUAAAAUCUGGUCCACAAUGGGCAUUUCAUCUCUAGCAUAAACGCCAAGGCAGGUCUGAGUAGAAAUGAAAAAUGAUGAAGCUCUUAAGAGCAAGUCUCAGCUGGUGUAAAUCAGUGUCACUCCAUUGAAAUGAAUGGAAUAUUCUGAUCUACACCUCUGAGAAUCUGGCCCAGGAUCUUCAUAUGAAACUUUAUUAGAACAAGACACUUAUUUUCCUUUUUUGGUAGAAGGGUUAAACAUUAUUGUAUCUGGAAAUGUAAGCUCUCCUUUAGAGCAAAAAAUAAGGUGUCUGCGCAUAAAGCUUUGUGAGUAAGUUGGAGUUAACAUUCGAGUUAGUCUAAACAUCCAGCUAGAGGGACUGACUAGAGCUAACUGCUAACCAGAGUUCUAAGGGAUUCCCUAAGGCAUAUCAUGCUGUGCUGAUUGGAAGGACGGUGUCUGGCAUGGAGACGCCCAGCUUUGAUGUGUGAUUUUAUUUUAUUUUUUUUGUAAAGGCUCUUUCUAAAAGUUAGAUGAUCAGUUAGCUUAUAUAAACAGAUGUCAGCCAAUUUUACAGCGAGUCCAUAGCCACCAAGUUUCAUGAAGGAGCAAAUUCAAUUAACACAAACAUAUUAGAUUUGAAUCUCCAAGGAGUUAUUCAGAACCAUGGUCAAAUUUUUGCAAAAUACUUUGUAUUCUUUUUAA